ACAAAAUAAGAAUUUGGCAUUCUAUUUUGUGUUACUCUUCCAACCAACACCUCCACCUCCCUCUGCCCCUCAAACUCCAAUCCCACACACACACACACACAUACAUACAUGUAUAUCUAUGUGUAACUGUCUUCCAAGUAAAACAGUAUUGCUUCAUCAAGAAAAUAUAAUUGAGGUUGUAGUUUCUAAAUUGGGAAGUUUGUACUAGGAUUCUUGAGGUUUUCUUGACUUGGGGUUAGCUUUAUGUGGUUGUAGUUUCUAAAUUGGGAAGUUUGAACUAGGAUUCUUGAAUUUUUCUUGACUUGGGGUUAGCUCCAUGUGGGAUUCUUGAAUCUUGAUUUGAUGAAUUUCCUUCCAAGAUGUUUGAGUUACAGAGAAUGCAGUGGUGGUGGUGAAAGAAGUGAAACUAGGGGUAGUGGUGAAAGUAGUUCUAAUGGUGGAUUUGGGAAAGAUGGGUUGUUGUGGUUUCAUGAUAUUGGUAACUGUGGAAGUGGGGAAUUCUCCAUGGCAAUUGUGCAAGCCAAUCAGGUAUUAGAGGAUCAGAGUCAGAUAGAGUCAGGUCCAUUUGGAACAUUUGUUGGAGUCUAUGAUGGUCAUGGUGGCCCUGACACAGCUCGUUAUGUUUGUGAUCACUUAUUUCGUCAUUUCCAAGCAAUAUCAGCUGAAGGAAAUGGUGCCGUAACAGAGGAGACAAUUCAAAGGGCCUUUCUUGAGACAGAGAGAGGGUUUACUUCUCUUGUUUUGGAAAAUUGGAGUUCUCGACCACAGAUGGCGACAGUGGGGGCAUGCUGCCUGGUUGGAGCUAUAUAUCAGCAAACACUCUUUGUAGCAAAUCUUGGCGACUCUCGAGUAGUCCUUGGAAAGAAGGUCGGAAACACUGGGGAAAUUGCUGCCAUACAGCUAUCAACGGAGCAUAAUGCCAACAUUGAGUCUGUUAGGUGGGAGCUAAAAGACUUACAUCCGAACGAUCCUCAAAUUGUUGUUCUUAGACAUGGUGUUUGGAGGGUAAAAGGAAUAAUUCAGGUCUCAAGGUCUAUAGGUGAUGUUUAUCUUAAACACACAAAGUUUUGCAGGGAACCAAUAAAUGGAAAAUUCAGAGUUCCUGAACCCCUUAAUAUGCCUAUCCUGUUGGCUACUCUAUCAAUUUUAAAACAUCCUCUACAUCCAAAUGACUCCUUUCUUAUAUUUGCUUCUGAUGGUCUAUGGGAGCACUUGAGCAAUGAAAAGGCUGCUGAAAUUGUGAAGAGUCAUCCUCGUAAAGGAAUUGCAAAGAGGCUUGUCAAGGCUGCUCUCCAUGAAGCUGCCAAAAAAAGAGAGAUGCGAUAUUCGGAUCUUCGAAACAUUGACAAGAAGGUCCGACGUCAUUUUCAUGACGAUAUAACUGUAAUUAUUUUAUUCUUAAACCAUGACCAGAUAUAUAGAGGCGUUGUGCAAGAUCCAAUGCUUUCUAUACGUAGCGCUCUAGAACACUGAUUCUUGAAGGGGAAUCGAGUAUUUUUGACCAGUGUUUGAGGUUCUGGCACAACACCAAAAUUUUCCUUGAAAUGCGGCUUCAGGAGCAGCAUCAAUGAAGCAAUUGCGCUGUAUGAGAGUGAUUUUUUUUCUUUUGAAGAGGUUUAUAAUUUGAAUUUCUCAAGCUUUGUAGAUGGAGUUCAAGAAGAAUGCUAAUUCAAAAAUUUUGGAUACAGUCAGCCUCUGUGUAACAGCCUUGUUUCAUUAUUAAUUUAUUUUGUAUACUAGUUUUUGCUGCUGUAUUCUGGAGUAUUUUGUUAAUUUCUUGUAACGUUGUCGCCUCAAAAGGGAUGUUGCUGCGUUCUUAUUAUUCAGUUGGCAGGUCCCUGAGUACAAAAAGAAAAACAGCUUCUGAAGUUUAAAUAACAUCUAUUUGACCAGAUGAUCUGGCUUGAAUUUAAUCUCA